AUGUCAAUUAAUGUUGGAGAAUUCUUAAAAUGUCUUGAAAUCUGCAAAGAAGAUGCAGAUGGCAACCAACAACAGUACAAUUCUAACAUUUCCAAUGUGAAACAGACUAUCAACACUAUACCCAACAACAUACAUAAAGUUAAUUGUGACUUUGCUCCAAAUAAUAUAAAUGUUUUAGCGUUGGCUGACAAUAACACUCCAAAUAAGGCUUCUGCUGUUUGGUUUGACCUCAAAGAUGGACCAGUUACAUUUACUUUUCAAGCCAAAAUAAGUAGUCAAUCUACCUCACAAUUUGGUAUUGUCAUUCAAAAAGAUUCAAACGAAGCUCUUGGGGAAGUUGGUGAAGGAUGUGGAUUUAAAGGUAUCAAGAAUGGCAUAGCUUAUCAGUUUUUUGUUGGGACGAAUUCAGACAACGAAUUUGAUUCUUUUUUGAAAAUGGUUGGAGGAGAUGUAAUAAAUAACGUGAAAUGUGGAUGUCAUGAAAAAAAAGAAAUACCCACAAUGUUGGUAUGA